AUGGCUGAAGCCAGUUGUCUACUAUCUGAAGAUCAGUUUCUGUGCUCCAUCUGUCUGGAUGUGUUCACUGAUCCAGUCACCACAUCAUGUGGACACAACUUCUGCAAACACUGCAUCACUGAACACUGGAAUGUCGGUUUCCCAUGGAAGUGUCCCAUGUGUAAAGAGAUGUUUACCACCAAACCUGAACUUCUCGUCAACACUUUCAUCUCUGAGAUGGUUGCUCAGUUCAAAGAGGAAGCUCAACAGAAAGCCAGCAGCUCGGAGCAGGAAGUUGCAAAACCAGGAGAAGUUCCCUGUGACGUCUGCACUGGAACCAAACUGAAGGCCCUGAAGUCCUGCCUGGUGUGUCUGGUCUCCUACUGUGAGACUCACCUGGAGCCUCAUCUGAGAACGUCAGGCCUGAAGAAACAUCAGCUGAUCGACCCUGUGGAGAACCUUGAAGCCAGGAUGUGUACGAAGCACGAUAAACCUCUGGAGCUGUUCUGUAAGACCGACCAGACAUGUGUCUGCAUGCUCUGCAGUGUUUUAGACCACAAGACGCAUGAAAUUGUUCCUCUGAGAGAUGAAUAUGACGUAAAGAAGGCAGAGGUGGAGAAGACAGCUGCAAAACUUCAGCAGAUGAUCCAGAAGAGACAACUAAGCAUACAGAAGAUCAAACGGUUACUCAACAUCAGCAAGGAAAACGCAGACAGAGAGAUCGCAGAAGGUGUUCAAGUCUUCACAACCCUGAUGGAGUUUGUCGAGAGAGGCAUGAACGAGCUUAUUGAGACAAUUGAAGAGAAGCAGAAAACGACAGAGGAACAGGCCGAAGACUUCAUCAGAGAGCUGGAACAGGACAUCUCUGAGCUGAAGAAGAAAAGCACUGAGGUGGUGCAGCUCUCACUCUCUGAAGACCACCUCUACCUCCUCCAAAGCUUCCCAUCCCUGAAAGAAGCUCCACCCACCAAAGACUGGACAGAGGUCAGCUUCCAUCCACCGUCAUACAGAGGGAUGGUGAUGAGAGCUGUGUCUCAGCUGGAGGAGACACUCACUGCAAGGAUUACUGAGUGUGUUAUGGCUGAGCUGACGAGGGUCCAACAAUACGCCAUAAAUGUGACUCUUGAUCCUGAUACAGCUCAUCCUGAACUUAAUAUUCCUGACGAUGGGAAACAAGUGAAUCAUUGUGACGUAAAGAAGAAUCUCCCAGACAACCCAGAGAGAUUUUCUAAAUGUAUUUGUGUUUUUGGAAAGCAGGGUUUCUCCUCAGGGAGAUUUUACUUUGAAGUUCAAGUUAAAGGGAAGACUAAAUGGACUUUAGGAGUGGCCAGAGAGUCGAUCAGCAGGAAAGAGAACAUCCCACUGAGUCCUCAGGAGGGUUAUUGGACAAUAUGUUUGAGAAAUGGAAACGAGUACAAGGCUUUUGCUGGCCCUGGUGUCUAUCUCCAUCUGAAAUAUAGGCCUCAGAAGGUGGGGGUGUUUGUGGAUUAUGAGGAAGGUCUAGUUUCCUUUUAUCAAGUAGAUGCUGCCGCUCUAAUGUAUUGCUUUACUGGCUGCUCCUUCACUGAGAAGCUCUACCCGUACUUUGGUCCUUGUCCUAAUGACGGUGGUGAAAACUCCACCCCACUGAUCAUCACUCCUGUCAAAGGCACUAAGUAGACAAAUGAUUUGAUUAUGCAUGAAAACGAUUAAUGUUAAGUAAGAGAACAUUUUCUUCUGUAAUGCUCAGUGUACGAUGGCUUUUUUCUAAUUGAUUUGCUCAUUGCUUUUUGUUAUCAUAUAUUUUCUCUAAUGUAUCCAACACACUGUUACUCACUGCUGCAAGACACAAGUUUCUCCAUGCGGAUUAUUUCAUAUCUUCUAACCCUGAGGGACCCCUUAAUGUGUCUGGAAGUGACUUUAAAAAGUGUAUAAGACGAUAUUUUGAAUAUUCCCAUUGUAUAUGAAGGUGUAUCCUAAAAUUAUGUCACCCUGGGUUUGCAUAUUUCAGACAGCAUAAGUUUAGUAUAGUUUGAUUAAUGUGUUCAAUGUGUACAUUUAAUACCGCAAAAGCUGUAAGCAGGAGUGCCAAAAAAUCAUGAAAUUAAUUUCCACAGAAACAAGAAUCCAUUAACGUUGUUGAGGUUGAAAAUCUAUG